UAGACAGACGUUAUGGGCUGUUAAAGAUUAAGAAAACUAAAGGAACUGACAAAUUUACCAUGUUCUCAAUUCAAAUGUAUAAGAUGAAAUGCCUGAAGCUAUUUGCAGUGUUGGUGAUCUAUAAUCUCACAGCAGGUUUGAAUCUUGGUGUGGAAGGAAAACUAGACUGGCCUUCACUUUCAAGAUGUAGUCUUUUUGGCGAAAAUCAUAUUAGAACUUUUGAUGGAACUUUUUAUGGCUUCCAAGGAGAUUGCAGUUACAUGCUGGCUGGAGAUUGUCUAAAGCAUUCCUUCUCGCUUCUAGUUGAUUAUCAUAAUGGAAAAAAGAAGAGUGUUUCCAUGUACCUGGGAGAAUAUUUUGAUAUUCACAUGUUUAUGGAUGGAACAACAACUCAAGGAGAGAAAAGUAUUUCUAUGCCUUAUGCUUCCAAUGGAAUAUUUCUAGAGAUGGAAGCAGGAUACUAUAAAAUGUCUAGUCAUGAACAUGGUUUUGUGGUAAAAAUGGAUGUCAGUGGAAAUAUUCAACUUGCAUUGUCCAACAAGCUCUUUAACCAAACAUGUGGUCUCUGUGGAAACUUUAACCAAUUUCCAGACGAUGAUUUCAUGACACAGGAAGGAAUAUUGGCAGACAGGAGUUAUGAUUUUGCAAAUUCUUGGGCAUUGCAUGGAGCGAACAAACGUUGCAGAAGAAUAUUACCCUCAAGCAGCACCUGCAACAUCUCAUCUGAUUCUGCAGAAAAGGGCAUCAUGCAGAGGUGCCAGAUGCUAAAAACAUCCUCAGUGUUUAUAAAGUGCCAUCAUGUAGUUGACCCAGAUCCAUUCAUAGCCAUUUGUGAGGAUGACAUGUGCUCAUGUGCUGAAGAAAUGAACUGUCAUUGUCAGACGUUCCUAGAGUAUGCAAGAACAUGUGCUCAUAAUGGAGUUACAGUGGACAGAUGGGGAAUACACUCCUCCUGUGAACCACAGUGCCCUUUGGGAAUGGAAUAUAAUGAAUGUGUGUACCCUUGUGCUAAAACAUGUCAGAGUCUAAAUAUAAAUGAGGUCUGUCCGGAACAAUGCAUUGAUGGCUGCAGCUGCCCAGCUGCAAAAGUUCUUGAUGGUGAUCGAUGUGUAGAGACCUCUCAGUGCUCAUGCAUUCAUUCUGGAAAACGUUAUCCUGUGGCCUCAACUAUCACACGUGACUGUAAUUCAUGCAUUUGCAGGCAUGGCAUGUGGGUGUGCAGCAAUGAAGAAUGCCCAGGUGAAUGCUCUGUCAGUGGACAAUCACAUUUCAAAAGUUUUGAUAACAAGCAUUUUACCUUCAGUGGAAUCUGUCACUACUUGCUUGCAAGAGACACUAUGGACAAUUCAUUUUCUGUUGCUAUAGAAACUGUACAGUGUGCAGAUGAUCCUGAUGCAGUAUGCACCAGAUCUGCUUCUGUUCGUCUUCAGGAGAUGCAAAAUAUGACUAUAAAGCUGAAGCAUGGUGGAGGAGUGUCUCUAGAGGGACAGGAUAUACGGCUACCCUUGAACCAUGGUUCUCUUCGUAUUCAGAAUACUGUGCUGUCAUCUGUAAGACUCACAUACAAAGAAGAUUUGCAAAUUGAUUGGGAUGGUCAUGGAGAACUAUUGAUUAAGUUAUCCCCAGUGUAUUCAGGAUCAACCAGUGGGCUUUGUGGUAAUUACAAUGGUAAUCAAGGUGAUGACUUUCUCAGCCCAUCCGGCCUUGUAGAGACCAAUGUGGAAGUUUUUGGAAACUUGUGGAAACUCAACAGCGAUUGUACAGAUCUGACAAAACAAGAUACAGACCCAUGUAAUCUCAACCCUAAAAGAGCAAGAUUUGCAGAAGAAGUAUGUUUUGCCCUUCUGGCCUCUACAUUCCAGUCAUGCCAUAAUGAGGUCAAUCCCGCACCAUAUCUGAAGAAUUGUCGCUAUGAUGUGUGCUCAUGUUCAGAUGGAAAGGAAUGUCUGUGUUCUGCAUUUUCAACUUAUGCCACCGCGUGUUCGAGAAAGGGAGUUCUUAUUGACUGGAGAACACCAGAAUUUUGCCCAAUAAAAUGUUCUGAAGGGAAGAUCUAUCGACAGUGUGGAAGUCCCUGUAACCAGACAUGCCGAUCUUUGUCUCUUCCUGAUACCGACUGCAAAGAAUUCUGUAUGGAAGGAUGUUACUGCCCCCCAGGACUCUACACCAAUGAGUACGGAGAGUGUGUGCCUAAAGCAGAGUGCUCUUGCCAUUAUGAUGGAGAGGUUUUCCAGCCUGAUGAUGUAUUUUCCAAUCACCACACUAUGUGCUACUGUGAAAAUGGACUAAUGCACUGCAGCUCAAAUGAAAUUCCGGGUGCCUACAUCGCCGAUGCUUAUUUUAAUCAGCCACCAGCUAGAGUGAAAAGAAGCUUAACAUGCAGAGCUCCCCUCAAUAAAUUUAUAUGUCCUGAGAAUGACCCAAGUGCCAAAGGAAUAGAAUGUGCCAAGACAUGCCAAAACUAUGAGCUGGAAUGCGUGAGACAUGGUGGCUGCACUUCUGGUUGCAUGUGUCCCAGUGGAAGGGUUCGGCACAACUCAAAAUGCAUUGUUCUAGAAAAAUGCCCAUGUUUCCAUAACGGCAAUGAAUAUUCACCAGGUUCAUCUGUGGAGAUAGAUUGCAACACAUGUAUUUGUAAAAAUAGAAAAUGGCAGUGCACCAACAACAUAUGUGAUGGGACCUGCUCAGUUAUUGGACUAUCUCACUAUAUGACAUUUGAUGGAUUAAAUUAUAAAUUUCCUGGAGACUGCCAAUAUGUCUUGGUUCAGGAUUAUUGCAAUGAAGCCCAUGGAACCUUCCGUAUCCUAGUGAGAAAUGAAGGUUGUGGAUUCACAGGCGAAAAAUGUUCCAAAAGAAUUACUAUUCUCUUUAGAAAUGGAGAAAUUGAAUUGGCUAAUGAGCAGGUUACUUUCAAGAAGCCUCCAAGAGAUGAGACAGAUAUGGAAGUGAUACAGUCUGGUCGCUACUUUAUUCUAUUACUUGGCAAGCAAAUGUCUGUGACUUGGGACAAAGGAAUGAGAGUCUAUGUCAAACUGAAGGAGACCUACAGGGAUCAAGUUUGUGGUUUGUGUGGGAACUUCGAUGGAAUUGAAAACAAUGAUUUGACUAGCAGCAAUAAUCAGGUGGAAAUUGACCCCAGUGAUUUUGGAAAUUCUUGGAGAGUAAAUCCCCUAUGUGCCGAUGCUGCAAAGUUUUCUGCAUCAUUAACCGGAUCACUAUGUCAAGACAAUGUGAUGAAGCAAAUUGCGGUAGAAAAUGCCUGUAACAUUCUGAUCGAGGAAAUGUUUGCAGAAUGUGCAAAACUGGUAAAUCCUGAACCAUAUUGGGAGAUUUGUAGAUACGAAACCUGUGCUUGUGAAUCCAUUGGGGAUUGUGUAUGUUUCUGUGACUCUAUAGCUGCCUAUUCUCAUGUCUGCGCUCAGAAAGGAGUAAAUAUACAGUGGAGAUCAUCAAGAUUAUGUCCACAAAGUUGUGAAGAAAAGAAUAAGAAAGAGCUGGAGUAUGUGUGUGAAUGGAGAUACAACAGCUGUGCACCUGCCUGCCCAACAACAUGUCAACAUCCUGAGUCUGUAGACUGUCCCCUUAAAUGUGUAGAAGGCUGCCAUGCAAACUGUCCUCCUGGUAAAAUAUUGGAUGAAGUAUCGGAAUCAUGUGUUGAUCCUAAAGAUUGCCCUGUGUGCAUAAUAGAAGGCCGUCACAUCCCACAUGGAAAGACAAUCACUCUGAACAAAGAUGACCCUCACCGUUGUCAGUUAUGCCAUUGUGAAGGACAAAACUUGCAGUGUAACAAAUGCAAGGUGGAGCAUUUAACAACCCAAGCCACAACUAUUUUACCAGAGGAAAUAACACCUACCCCUGAACCUGAAGUAAUUGAUGAAAGCACAUUUUUCUGCAGCAAAAUAUUGGACCUCCUUUUCUUAAUAGAUGGAUCAUCUAAGCUUUCUGAAAAUGAUUUUGAAGUUGUCAAGAAUUUUAUUGUUGGCUUUUUAGAAAAAAUCUAUAUUUCAGAAAAGAGAAUCCGUGUGUCUGUUCUGCAGUAUCACACAGCCAUACAGACAAUCUUCUGGCUCCAAGAUAAUAAGAAACCAGCUCAGCUAAUCAAAAUGAUUAAAGGCAUAAAGUAUACUGGCAGUGACACAGCCUUAACAUUUGAAGGACUUAAAUAUGCAGCUUAUUAUAUUUUUAAAAUUCCAAGAGAGAAUGCAGCCAGAAUUGCUAUUUUAUUAACGGCCAGUUCAUCUCCACAGAGCAUCUCCAAUAUAAUGUCAGUGGUUACCAAGAGGAAGAUAACUGUGAUUCCAGUGGGAAUAGGGCCAUAUGUCAAUAUGGACGACAUAAAGAAUAUCCAAAGUAGAUCACCAAUGAAUAAACCAUUUAUAUUAGGGAAUGUAUAUGAAUUAUUUGACAAAAGAGAUGAAAUUAUCCAUUAUCUCUGUGACUUGGUACCACAACCACCAAAACCACUUCCUACUAAAAAAACAAAUGUCCCAGAAAUUAAAGUGACUGUAUCCCCUCUUGACAAAGAACCUAUUGCAACAGUUCCAAGUUUGCUCACUACAUCAAUUGCAACAAGAAGUCCCUGGAGCAAGCAAGCAGAUAUUAUUUUUGUGCUUGAAGGUUCAAAAUAUGUGGGAGAAGAGAACUUUAAUAAGUCUUUGGAAUUCCUGAUAGACACAGUAAAUAAAAUGGAUAUUAGUGAAGAAACAAUACACAUUACAAUCAUACAGUAUUCCUAUACUAUAACACUUGAAUACACUUUUUCAGAGAGACAAUCCAAACAAGAAAUCAUAAAAAGGAUACGAGAGAUUAAGUACAGUGGAGGCAAUUCUACCAACACAGGAAAAGCCCUCAAUUACCUCAAUGAGUACUCAUUUACCAAGGAUGCAGGGAGCAGAGACCAAGUGCCGCAUCUUGUCUACAUGGUAACAAGUAAUCCUUCAAGUGAUGUCAUAACUAAGAUCUCUACAGACAUAAAUCUAUUCCCCAUAGCAGUGGGACCAAAUGUUAACCUAGAAGAACUUGAGUUUAUCAAUCCCCAUGUCAAACCAAUACAUAUUGACAGCUACGAUGACCUUAUCUCCAAUAUGCCAGAGCUGGUACUUGAAAAAUGCUGUUCAGACAACAAUGUUCCAGCCACAGCAGCGGUUAUUAUUGCUACAAGGACACCUCUGAUCAUUGAAGAACCUUGCAGAAAACCAAUGGAUAUAAUAUUUAUUUUGGACGGCAGCGCUAAUGUCAGGCCAUCACAGUUUGAAGAAAUGAAGACAUUUGUAAAAUCCUUUAUAAAAAAAGCUGCCAUAGGUCCUGAGUCAACACAAGUUGCUGUCCUGCAGUAUGGGAGAACCAAUAAUAUGGAAGUUGCAUGGACAGACCCGCAAGACAAAACUAGUCUUAUUAAUACAGUUAAUAACAUUCAACAAACAGAGGACGGUCCUAGCAAAAUAGGUGAAGCGUUGCUCUUCGCUGUUCAGAGCGCCAUGUCAGAAGUUCAUGGGGGAAGACCUGAUGCCGCUAAAAUUGCAGUGAUGGUUAUUACUGACAAGUCUCUUGAUCAUGUGGACAUCGCUGCACAAACAGCAACAAUAAACAGAGUAACUGUGUUCCCCAUUGGCGUUGGAUCCAGAUACGAUGAAGAAGAGCUCAGAAUGCUUGCUGGCCCAAUGCCAAACAACAGAGUCAUGAAACUUCAGCUUAUUGAAGAUUUGCCAACUAUGGUUACUCUUAAUAAUGAGUUCAUUAACAAACUGUGCACUGAAAUUGUGAACAUCUGCAUUGAUGAUAAUGGGAAUCAAAAGAGGCCUGGUGACAAGUGGACCCUCUCAGAUAAAUGUCACAGUGUGACCUGUUUAUCAGAUGGAAAAACUAUACUGGAGAGUCAUAAAAUAAACUGUGAGAAGAUCCCAAAGCCUACUUGUCACAAUAACUUUGCUGCAAUUAAAAUUGAGGAAACCUGUGGGUGUCGCUGGGCAUGCCCAUGCAUGUGUAUGGGAAGUUCAACGAGACAUAUUGUUACAUUUGAUGGACUGGAUUUUAAACUCAUCGGCAAUUGUUCCUACGUACUGUUUCAUGACAAAGAACAAAAUAUUGAAGUGAUCCUUCAGAAUGAUAAAUGUGCCUCAGCAGUACAUCAAACAUGUAUGAAAUCAAUAGACAUUAAGCACGAUCAAGACUCGGUACAGAUUUCAGAAAACAUGGAGCAGGUUUUAGUUAAUGGAAAAGUCACAUCUGUACCUUAUUCAAGCAGUGCAUUUGAAGUAUCAGUCUACGGAGCCACAAUGUAUGAGAUACAAAUUCCCAGUCUUGGAUUUAUUUUUACAUUCACUCCAUCAAUUAAUGAAUUUUCACUUCAACUUAAUCCAAAAUUUUUCGCUUCAAAGACAUCUGGAUUGUGUGGUGUCUGUGACCAGAAUACGCUAAAUGACUUUAUGCUGAAAGAUGGUUCAAUAACUGCCGACAGCAAUACAUUUGUAAAGGAAUGGACAGUCGUUGACAGCCUCGGAAGAACUUGUGAAACCAAACUUGAUGAUGUUUGUACACAAGCUGCAAGCUCCCAAUGCAAUAUUCUACUUUCAAGUACAUUUGAAGAAUGCCAUAACAAAAUUCCUCCUGGCAAAUAUUUUGCUGUAUGCGAGGAAGCAAGCUGUCACGGAGAGGAUAUUUGUGAAGCCAUUUCUGUCUAUAGCCAGAUUUGCAGAUUCAACGGUGUGUGUGUAAAUUGGAGGACAUCUGAUUUCUGUCCAAUGAAGUGUGAAAGCCCUAUGGUGUAUAAUCACUGCCGAAUAGGAUGUAUUCGGGACUGUGGAAAUGCGCUCAACAGAACCGUGUGCUCUACAUACCCCACUGAAGGCUGCUUUUGUUCGUAUGAAGAUGUAAUGUAUAAUGGGAAAUGUGUCAGUGAGAAUGUCUGCACUCAGUGCACAGAUGAAUACGGAGAGGACCACCAGUAUUUAGAAUCCUGGAUUCCUUUAAAUGAACCUUGCAAGAUCUGUCAGUGUGUUGAAGACAAGAAGAUUAGCUGUAUAGUCAAGCCAUGCCCAACAGCACAACCUCUUACCUGUGGUCCAUGUGAAGUCCCAAGAAUAAAAAAGACAUCUAACCAAUGUUGUCAAGAAUAUGAAUGUGCUUGUGAUCUGAGCACAUGUGAUGUAAAUCCAGUGCCUCAUUGUAAACAUGGGCUUGUUCCCAUCCUAACAAACCCAGGACAAUGCAAACCAAACUACGAGUGUGCAUGCAAGAAGGAAGAAUGUACAAGUGGAGAAAUUCCUUUCUGUCCACCUUACAAGAAGCUCACUAUAAGGAAAACUGAAUGCUGUGAUGAAUAUGAAUGUACUUGCAGCUGCUCCAACUCAACUGUCAUUUGUUCAGCUGGAUAUAUAUCCUCCGUUAUCACCAAUGAAUGCGGGUGCAGAAAUAUUAAUUGCGAACCAGAUAAGGUUUGUGUAUUUAAAAACAAUGUCUAUGCUGUUGGAAGCACAUGGGAAGAUGGAUGUAAAAAUUGCUCUUGCACAGAUAUGGUGGAUGCAGUUACGAAGCUUCACAUAGUGGAGUGUCUUCAAAGGAAAUGCCAGAAGGAUUGCAGUCAGGGCUACACAUAUGUACAGAAGAAAGAUGAAUGUUGUGGGAAGUGCAAAAAGACUGUCUGUGAACAAAAGAUCAUCUCAAGAGGACAAGCUGACGUGGAUAUCUCAGGGACCAUUCGCUAUCGCAAUGUUGGUGAUAUAUGGCCUUCUCCCUAUGAUCCUUGCGUUAUCAAUGAGUGCGCACAAGUGAAUGAUGAGGUGUUUGUUCUACAAAAGAAUGUUUCCUGCCCUGUAAUACAUACAAAGAAAUGUCCUCCAGGAUUCGAGCUGACAUGCAUGAGUGGAUCAGAAUGUUGUCCAUUAUGUCAGUGUGAUCCAAUACCUGGCUGUAUUCGUAAUGGAACUAUCAUUGCGCCUGGAGAAACAUUAAUGAUUGACGCAUGUUCCACAUGUGAAUGUAAUGUGCAAAGAAUACCAGUUGUGAACUUUAAACUUACAUGUAGAAAAACAACUUGCCAGCCAUGUCCCAAGAAUACCAUUUUGAAGAAAAUCAGUGGAUCUUGCUGUGGCAGAUGUGUAUCAAUCGGCUGCUCUGUAACACUGAGAAAUGGAACAAUUAUUAAUGUAAAGCCAAAUGAGAUUGUAAAGGAUGGAUGUGACACACAUUCCUGUAAAAUAAACGAGAGAGGAGAUUUGACUUUGGAAAGGAGAACUACAAACUGUCCCAACUUUAACAGAGAAAAAUGUUUGGCAGCUGCGGGUAAAGUUCAACAACUGGAUAAUUCCUGCUGUGAAACAUGUGUGGAAGCAGAGUGUAAGCAAGUCACGGCAACAGUACAAUAUGUAAGAGUGGAUGACUGUAUGAGUGAAAAUCAGCUGAAACUUAAAUAUUGUGAGGGCAAGUGCACAAGUAAGUCUGUCUACGUCAUUGAUACACAUACCAUGGAAGACCAGUGCAUCUGUUGCUCCGCUACACAGACAGAAUCACUGAAAGUGCCUCUCCGAUGCGCCAACGGGACUUUAGUAGAGCAUGAACUACUGCAAGCAACGGCGUGUGAAUGUCUGUCUCACAAAUGUAAAAAGUAAUAUUUUAUUACAAAUACAAUUAUAUUCCAUGCUUAAACUUAUACCUCACUGAGUCACUUUACAUAAUGAGUAACGCAUCAAGUUUGUAAUGUCACAUCAAACCCCAGUUAAUCAUGUAGGUCAACAUAAAGCAUUUACAGAUCAUUUGCAACUUGCAACAGAUAAGUAUACAUGUAUUAUAUGCAGUCUAUAGCUGCCAUCCGUGUUUACAAUAAGUUGUAUGUAAUAGCAGCGUUUUUUUAAGAGAUGUUUACUUAAAUGCUAUUACAAUUAAUUAACUUUUAUUUGGCAAUUGUUACACACUGUUUCAUAUAAUAAAUUCCACUCUCAGAAACCCUAAAAAGGUUAUAUCAAUUUUUAAUCUGAAAUCAAGUAAAUAAAAAUUAAAGUGUUUUAUUAAA